GAGAUGAGCUGGUGCUUCCACAUGGCUGCUUUGUACGUCGGCGAUUUGCAUGCCGAUGUAACCGAAGCUAUGUUAUACGAAAAGUUCUCAUCGGUUGGACCACUGCUAUCACUAAGAGUUUGCCGAGAUGCUAUAUCCAGAAGAUCUUUGGGUUACGCUUAUGUAAACUACCAGCAGCCGGGAGACGCAGAAGGAGCUUUGGAUACUAUGAACUUCGAUCUGAUCAAGGGAAAACCAAUACGAAUCAUGUGGUCGCAAAGAGACCCUUCUCUCAGGAAGUCAGGAGUAGGAAAUCUAUUCAUUAAGAACCUGGAUAAAAAUAUCGAUAACAAAUCAAUGUUCGAUACGUUUUCGGCAUUUGGAAACAUUCUAAGUUGCAAGGUAAUGCUUGAUGAGAAUGGUGUUUCCAAGGGAUACGGUUUUAUACAUUUUGAAACCGAAGAGGCAGCAAAGAAAGCUAUUGAAAAAGUUAAUGGUAUGCUCUUGAAUAACAAGAAAGUUUAUGUGGGGAAGUUCAUUUCGCACAAAGAGCGUUGCAAGCAGUUGGGUACGAAACCUAAGAUAUUUACGAAUAUAUAUGUGAAGAAUUUGAGCGAUAUGACAGAAGGAAAACUGUAUGAAUUAUUCUCAAAGUACGGUAAAAUAACAAGCUGCGUAGUUAUGAGGAAUGCAGAUGGUAGUUCACGAGGUUUUGGAUUUGUCGCUUUUGAGAAUCCUUGCUCAGCAGAAAAGGCGGUUGAGGAAUUACACGAGAAGGAAAUGGAUGGACAAAAAUUCUAUGUAUCUAAAGCUCAGAAGAAAAGCGAGCGUCAGAUGGAAUUGAAACGACGCUACGAUGAUGUUAAAACGGAACGGUACAAUAGAACGCAAGGAGUGAAUUUGUUUUUGAAAAACUUGGAUGACACAAUAGAUGAUGCGAGGUUGCGAAAGGAGUUUUCGCAGUUUGGAACAAUAACUUCGGCCAAGGUAAUGACGGAUGAUGGUAGAUCCAAAGGGUUCGGAUUCGUAUGUUACUCGACUCCUGAAGAAGCAACAAAAGCAUUGAUGGAUAUGCAUGGGAAGAUGCUAGGUUCGAAACCUAUUUAUGUUGCUUUAGCGCAGAGGAAGGAGGAUAGGAAAGCUUUCAUCGCGUCUCAUUUGCAAAGAAUUCGCAUCCAGCCCAACCUUUACCCAACUACUCCGCAAUUCUUGAUGCCUGCUGUUGCUCAGGGCCAUAGGUUCUACAACAUGAACCAUAUACGAUCAACGCCACGAUGGUUAACCUCGACUGCUAUGAGGCCCAAUGGCACCUAUCCAACAUUAACUAAUAGUCUGUACCGAGUGAGCUCAAGACCAUCUGCACAAAGCAACAAUCCCAGAAAUCAAAUAACAGCACGCCCAAUCACCGGCCAAACGAUUCACUCUCGUCCAAACAGCAAGUAUACAGCGUCUAAUAACCAUUUAAUAAGACCAAUCACGGUUUCUUUAGGAAAUGGUGGUGACAUUGGCCCCCUGAACGCAAGCACACUGGCUUCGGCCACGCCCGAGGAUCAGAAACAAAUCCUAGGCGCGAAGCUCUUCCCUCACGUCGAAAAGAUGUACCCAGAAAUGGCAGGAAAAAUAACGGGCAUGUUGUUAGAGAUAGACACGUCCGAACUGAUACAUAUGAUCGAGGAUCAGGACUCGCUAAGAGCGAAAGUUGAGGAAGCUAUUGCCGUCCUGCAAGCACAUCAGGAAAGGAAUCAAGUUAUGCAGCAGAACAAGAAAGUGGCCAUAGCCCAAGAUUGA